AAAAUCCAUCCAUUCAUUCAACAAAGUGUUUCUCCGGCACUUAGCUCAGAACUUGGCACAAAGAAAUGCUCACCUCAGGGCCUGCAAAGAUGCUGGCUGUCCCGGAGGUGGGCCUGCAGGGGCUGUACAUUGGCUCCAGCCCAGAGCGGUCCCCCAUCCCCAGCCCACCCGGCUCCCCAAGGACCCAGGAAAGCUGUGGCAUUGCCCCCCUCACACCCUCGCAGUCUCCCAAGCCUGAGGCCCGAACCCCCCAGCAGGCCUCCUUCUCUGUGGUGGUGGCCAUCGACUUCGGUACCACUUCCAGUGGCUAUGCCUUCAGCUUUGCCAGUGACCCUGAGGCCAUCCACAUGAUGAGGAAAUGGGAGGGCGGGGACCCCGGCGUGGCGCACCAGAAGACCCCCACCUGCCUCCUGCUGACCCCGGAGGGUGCCUUUCACAGCUUUGGCUACACUGCCCGUGAUUACUACCACGAUCUAGACCCAGAGGAGGCUCGGGACUGGCUCUACUUCGAGAAGUUCAAGAUGAAGAUCCACAGCGCCACUGAUCUCACCUUGAAGACCCAGCUGGAGGCGGUAAACGGAAAGAAAAUGCCUGCCCUGGAAGUGUUCGCCCAUGCCUUGCGCUUCUUCAAGGAGCAUGCUCUUCAGGAGCUGAGAGAGCAGUGCCCCUCGCUGCCAGAGAAGGACACUGUGCGCUGGGUGUUGACGGUGCCCGCCAUCUGGAAACAGCCCGCCAAGCAGUUCAUGCGGGAGGCUGCCUACCUGGCGGGCCUGGUGUCCAGAGAGACUGCAGAGCAACUGCUCAUCGCCCUGGAGCCUGAGGCCGCCUCGGUUUACUGCCGCAAGCUGCGUCUGCACCAGCUCCUAGACCUGAGCUGCCGGGCCCCAGGCAGCGGGCGCCUGGGCGAGCGCCGCUCCAUUGACUCCAGCUUCCGACAAGCCCGAGAGCAGCUGCGAAGGUCCCGCCACAGCCGCACGUUCCUGGUGGAGUCGGGGGUCGGAGAGCUGUGGGCAGAGUUGCAAGCAGGAGACCGCUACGUGGUGGCAGACUGCGGGGGAGGCACGGUGGACCUGACGGUGCACCAGCUGGAGCAGCCCCACGGCACCCUCAAGGAGCUCUACAAGGCGUCGGGUGGCCCCUAUGGCGCAGUGGGCGUGGACCUAGCCUUCGAGCAGCUGCUGGGUCGAAUCUUCGGCGUGGACUUCAUUGCCACCUUCAAAAGGCAACGGCCAGCAGCCUGGGUAGAUCUGACCAUCGCCUUCGAAGCCCGCAAACGCACGGCAGGCCCUCACCGUGCGGGGGCGCUCAACAUCUCACUGCCCUUCUCCUUCAUCGACUUCUACCGCAAGCAGCGAGGCCACAACGUGGAGACGGCCCUGCGCAGGAGCAGCGUGAACUUCGUGAAGUGGUCCUCACAGGGGAUGCUCAGGAUGUCUUGCGAGGCCAUGAACGAGCUCUUCCAGCCCACAGUCAGCGGGAUCAUCCAGCACAUAGAGGCGCUGCUGGCGCGGCCGGAGGUGCAGGGUGUGAAGCUGCUGUUCCUGGUGGGCGGCUUCGCCGAGUCAGCUGUGCUGCAGCAGGCGGGAUAG